UUUAUAUAUAUUUUUGUAUCAGGCACCCCCUUCUUCCAAAAGAAGCUGCUCACAAUACAUUCGGAUGGUAUUUUGAGAAGUCACGUGGUCACCAGAAAUAAAGACUGACCCUAUACAGGCAUACCAUUGUUACAGCUCGGGCCAGUUCACCUGUUCAUCAAAGGCAGUAGAUGAAAUGUUCAGGCUGCUUUUAAUGUCUGCCAAGAACAAAAGGGUAAUAAAUAACCCUGAUGACGGCUGCCCUCCACAGCGAUGGCUAUCUGCCACUGCUUUCCAAGCGGCAUAAUGCUGCCACUCUUUGCACUUCUAUGUAUAGCAGAUUCUAUUCUGGUAGUAAUACAAACACACUGCACACCAACACAAGAGCAUCUGCUCGACACCGAAACACUGUCCUUUCAGAAGAUCAUGGAGGAUCACUGGUUUGACCAUACAGCGGACUUUCCUCUAGAGUUAAACUCAAAAUGACAGGAGGAAAUUUGAUGGAGAACAGCAGCUGUGCAUGCUCAGAGAAGCUACACCAGCCGACGGAUUUCCAAAAAAUAAAAGUGAAAUUUGGCAAAAACGUUUUCACGCUGGACAGAAGCCUCCUCGAGGAGAACUGCGAUUUCUUCCGGGCUCUUUUCCAGUCUGGGAUGAAGGAAUGCCAUCAGGAUGAGAUAAGUCUUCAGAAGCCGAGCGUUCGAGGAUUUUAUAUCGCUCUCCGUGUGAUAAAUGGCGAAAGUCCAAUGCUGAACGAUCACGAAAUCGUUGACGCCAUCGAAUGUGCUGCCUUCCUUCAGAUUGAGAUUUUAACUGAGCAUCUUAUAAAUAUUAUAAACUCAGACAACUGCCUUCUUAUGUACCACACGGCUUCGACUUUCGGUUUGCGUGAGCUCUUCAAAAGCGCGUCAUUGUUCAUUCGAGACAUGUAUUCGGAUCUAAAAGAACAUGCAAAGUGCUUGCCUGAGGAUUUGAUUGACUAUGUUGAGACUUUAGUUCCCAGUACGUACGUCAUGGUUGGCACUCAUUCGCCAGGUAUCAAGCUUUUGCAGGACUUCAUGAGGACUGUUUGUUAUCUUGAUGAGGAUGAGAAAGACUGGAAGGUUCUUACACAUUUGCCUCUCAACGCCAGCACAACCAUGGCAGGAGUUACGGCUUUAGACAAUAAGAUCUACAUUGUCGGAGGAGUUUAUGAUAUGACUAAUAAAGUGGUGGAUUCGGGAUUCUGCUAUGAUGUGUUGACGGACACUUGGAGCACAUUUUCAAAUCCCCAGCAGCUUCGCUUUAACUGUACGUUAGUCGGACAUGAUGGCGAUUUGUACGUAAUUGGCGGAGAAUAUGAAAAAAGCGUAAUGUCUUCUGUGGAAAAGUAUCGAGUCUCAUCGGAUACUUGGAGCUUUGUUGCGCAUCUACCAAGAGCUGCAUCUGCUGUCGCUUGCACCAAAGCAAUGAGAAGAUUGUUCAUCUGUCUUUGGAGGCCUAAAGACGCUACCGAGAUUUAUGAAUAUGUGGCAAAGAAAGACGAAUGGAGGUUAAUCACGACACUUGUUCGGCAUCAAAGUUACGGACAUUGCAUGGUGGCUCACAGAGAUAAUUUGUACGUGAUGAGGAACGGGCCGUCGGAUGAUUUUUUGAGGUGCAUGAUGGAUUGUUAUAAUCUGACUUCAGGUCAGUGGACGGCUUUGGCCGGGCAGUAUGAAAACAGUAAAGGAGCUUUGUUUACCGCGGUAGUCAGAGGAGACUCUGCGUUCACUGUGAACCGCAGGGCGACUGUGGAAUACGCUAUCGAGGACGAUAAGUGGAGGACCAAAAAAGAAAUGACAGGGUUUCCGCGAAUCGGCUCCAAGUGGACUUUCCUCUUGAGACUGCCAAAGAAAAGAGAGGAGAUUUCAGAAUUGAACAAGGGUAGAGAGGAGAUCUCCUGCGAUUUCAGAUCGAGUGCUUCUGUACAUUGUGAAGACUAAGAUUUGAUCAUGGUUGUAAACGUUAUGGAUCGACGGAAUGGCACAUUGGCUCAGUGUCUCAAAUAUUUAAUUGACUAUUAGAAAAAGAAAUGUAUUUAUAAGGAGAGCACAGUAGCGCAGUGGGUUGCAUGUUCUCUCGUCUUGCCGCGGGUUUCCUCCGGGUGCUCCGGUUUCUCCCACAGUCCAAACACAUGGGG